AUGCUCCCCCUCACGCCUGUCCGUGGCCAACUGCUUAUCUUUCUGAUCUUUAUCUUUGUGCCUUGCGUCCCAGCUGGUCCUAACCCGAGAAAGCGCCUCCGCGACGCCAUCGACUCUCGCAUCGCAGAGGAACAAGCUCGCCAAAAGUCCGCCCAGGACAACAUCUCCCGCUCCAACUCCGCGCGCCGCCCGCCCAGUUCAUCCUCAUCCCAGCGCACCCGGCCGAGGCGCAACACGGGCACCCCCGUGAGAGGACCCGACCCCAAGGAAUUCGAGGCCGAGUUCACCAUCGGGGACGACGAUGAGUCCAGUCGCUCUGGAACUCCUCAACUAGACACACCAGGAGAUACCUCGGAGGUAGGCACCAACGAAGAGGCCGCAGACAUGGAGGCCAAACCCACGGACGGACCAGAGAAGGAGGCAGAGAAGCAGCCAAAGGAGAAGGAGACACCGGCGGAGCUUCCGCCCGACGUGCGAGCGAAACUCCGACGGCUGGAUAAGUUGGAGUCCCGAUACCAUGAGUUGCUGAAAGCCUAUCGCAUGGCCCAUUCCCGCGUCCUUUCCAUCGAACCCUUCGAAGCUGCGUUGCGCGAGAACACUCCACUCACUUCCAUCGGCGAACCCAAGGCUUUCACAGAAUACCUUAACCAGUCGACCCUGAAAAGCGACAUGGUGAUGGAGGAGUUGAAGCGUGUCACCGGCGAAAGAGAAGAGUUCAAGAAAAAGUUCGAGGAAGCAGAGAAAGUCUCUCAGGAGGCUUUGGAGGAGGUGACGGCUUUGAAAGACAAGAAACCGGAGAGCGAGACCAAGGAAGCCGACAAAACAGACGAGACCGAACCCAGCGAAGAGUUCUUCUCAUUCGAGAAUGAAGUCCCUCGAUUGGAAAGCGAGCUCAAGACGAAGCAAGAGGAAGUCGACGACCUCAAGGCUGAGGUGGAGAGACUCAAGCGCGAUAUGUCUGUUACUCGUGAGUCCACGGAGGGUAUGGUUCAGAACCUGGAGACCGCCACUCGCGAGCUUGUGGAGUUGCGCGAGACCAAGGACAAGCUCGAUUCCGAGAUCGAAACCUUGCGAACUUCCAAAAACGCCGACGUCGACGAGCUGAAAGCUAAGCUCGCCACUGCCGAAUCUUCUCUUGAAUCGACGGCAUCCGAAGUUGAGAAGCUGAAAUCACAAUUAGUGGAGAAGAGUCAGGAAAUCGAAAAGCUCCAAAAGGAAACUUCUGAGAAGGCCAAGCCAAGCCCCGAUCACGUUGCUCAGCUAGAGGCGGCUAAGGAGGAGAAAGCUUCCAACGAGAAGAAACUCACAGUGCUCCAAGGUCUAGUCGAUGGUCUCAAGUCUCAGCUCCAGGAUACCGAAUCCACCAUCUCCAGCCUCAAAACUGAGAACAAGGAAAACUCCGACAAGUCUGCUAAGCAGAAGAGCCUCUGCGACUUUGUUGACGAAAACUUGAAGGACAAUUCGGCGUGGGUAUCUGCCAAAGAAAAAGUUCUUGCUGGAGAUUCAGCCGAUUUCGACGAGAUCAUCAAGAGUCUUGCCCCUACCAAGGAAGAACCUGCUCCUGUUGCUCAUUCUCCAGCUCCAGUCCAAGAAGAACCGCAGCCAGUCCAGGCUGCUUCUGCUGCGGGCGGCAGCGCAGGUGGAAAAAAGAAAAACAAGAAGAAGAAGAAGGGUGGCAAAGCGGAGGAGCCUGUCAAGCAGGCUGAGACGGCCCCAGCAGAGCAGCCAGCCCAACAGCCUUCCGCACCGGCCAGUAACGAAUUGGGCGAGCUUAAAGAUAAAAUAGAAUCACUCACCCAGCAACUUUCAGAGAAAGAGGCUGCCAUUGAUCGUCUCUGUUCAAAGGUCAAGGGCGAGGAAGAUCUGAAAGAAGAGAUUGAGUCACUGCGUGAUGAUCUCGUUAACCUAGGCCAGGAGCAUGUGGCGGCCAAGGACAAAAUCAAAGAGCUUUCUGCAGAGAAGAUCGCCCUUGAAGAAACGAUCGGCAAGCUCGAAAAAGAAUUGGUCGACCUCCGGACUAGCAAUGCCUCGAGCUCAGCUGAUUCGGAGAAGGUGCACUCUUCUCUCAAAGAGGAGUUUGAGGCUAUCAAGAUCCGCUCUGCUAGCUUGGAGACUGAUCUCUCUGCUGCACAGCAGUUGGCUACCACCCGGUUCAAAGAUCUCACGGAUCUACGCGAAACCCUUCAGAAGGUUCAACCCGAGCUGCGUAAUCUACGUGCCGAGUCCGCUGAAUUGAAGACCCUCAAGGAGACCCUCAAUACCAAGAACUCCGAACUCAAGGCCUUGGAGGGCAAACACGAAGACCUGCGUACCGAGUUGAAGAGCGCAAAGUCCAAGAUUUCGGAGCGAGAGACCGAAGUGGGCACUCUCAACAAGAAGAUCCGCCAAGAAACCGAUAGUCGCUUGAAGGCCGAAGAGAACCUCACAGUCACCCAGUCCAACCUUCGCUCCGCCGAAAGCAAGAGGCAGGACGCCAUCAAUGCCCGUGACAAGUCUUCCGGUGACCUGGCCAAGGCCCAAGAUGGGCUGAAGAGUACUCGUACCAAGAUCCGGGAACUGGAGGAGCAGAUUUCCCAACAGAACAAGGAGCUGUCCAGCCUCCGGGAAGAGAUCCAACUGAAGACGGCUCAGCAUAGCAGUGCCCAGAGUCUUAUGAACAGCAUGCGUGACCAGACUGGAGAGGUCGCCAUGCAAAUGAAGGAGGCUCGUGAGCGGUGUGAAAGCCUAGACGAGGAGCUGGCUGAGGCUCACCGGCUACUCAGCGAGCGAACUCGCGAAGGCGAGACCAUGCGCCGCUUGCUAAAUGACAUUGAGGGCCGCUCGGAAUCAAAGGUGCGGGACUUUAAAGAGCGCAUGGAAGCUGCCAUCGAGGAGCGUGAUCGAGCCGAAGACGAGGCUAGCACUACGGGCCGACGUCGUGCUCGUGAAAUGGAGGAACUCAAGGCUAAGGUCCGCGAGGCUGAGAGGGCUCUUCGUACCGCGGAGCAAGACAAGGAGGACCUAGAGCAAUCUCAGAAGGACUGGCGCCGCCGUCGUGAUGAGCUUGAGUUGGUCUCUGAACAGUCCUCACAGGAAGUCGCGGAGGUUCGCCAGGCCAUGGCUGGCCUUCGUGAGGCGCUCGAUGGAAGCGAAAAGCAGGUCCGUGAUCUCGAAAAGGACAAGGCGGAGCUUCGUCGCUCCGUUGAAGAGACCAACAGCCGAUUGGAAAAGCUUCGACGAUCUCACAAGACCCUCGGGGAGGAUGUCCGCCUACGUGGUUCCCCAUCCGGUCGACAGUCCUCGCGUUCCUCCAUCGACUCUGGAUCUCGCCGGGCAGUGGCGUCGCCAGGGAGAAGCGAGACCCCUGUCGGCCCACCCAGCAACGCUUCUAUCGACUACAUGUAUCUGAAAAAUGUUCUCCUUCAGUUUUUGGAACAGCGAGAUAAGAAUUAUCAGAAACAGCUGAUCCCUGUUCUGGGUAUGCUGCUGCACUUCGAUCGAACCGAUGAGCAAAAGUGGAUGUCAGCCAUCAUCAUCAUCACUCGGUCUCAGCAGCUAACGAUAUCAGACGUCCCACUUAUCCUUCGAUUCAUCUGCGAGCUUGCCGAGUAUGAGAAAGCCCUCCAUGAAGUCGAAGCAACCGAAGAAUCCCUCCUAGCAACUCUUUCUUUCCCCGAUACCCCACCGCGCCGCGGCGCGGUCUACACGGCCCUCAUCACCCCGCCACCCACCGCCGACAAGCCCAACCCCAUCCCCGUCGGCAUGGCCCUAUACUUUUACAACUAUUCAACCUGGCGCUCUGCUCCCGGCAUCUACCUGGAGGAUCUAUACGUGCAGCCAAGCGCACGGGGUCACGGCUACGGGUUCAAGUUACUUAAGUACCUUGCCAAGCAGGUCUUGGAGGUUUCGGGAAGGCGACUUGAGUGGAGUGUACUCACCUGGAACGAGCCCAGUAUUCGCUUCUAUGAGCAGGUUGGUGCCAAGGGAAUGGACGAGUGGAUGAAGAUGAUGGUCGAAGGUGAUGCUUUGACCAAGUUGGCCGAAGGCGCUUAA